GUGGCUUCUUCACAACUUCCCAUCCCCAAGUAUGGGAGUCCUGGGAGAGAUUUUGAAAGGGAGUAAAAAAUAUCCUUUCUAGGGAUGACGGCACAGCUAACAUUUCAUAAUAGUAAGUAAUAUUUAUAUAGGACUUCAAGAUUUACAAAGAAUUUUACACACACUUUCUCCUUUGAUCCCUACAACAACUUUCUGAGGUAGGAAUUAUCAUUACCCCCGUUUUUCUGAGGAGAAAACUGGGGUUAAGUGAUUUGACCAGUCAGUAUGUGAAGCUGAAUUUAAAAUCAGAUCUUCCUGACUCCAGGUCCUGUACUCCAGCCUCUAGAUGACCUAGUAUGAGCUAGGACUCCCUAGGCUGACUUUUAUAAUUGUGAGAUUUGUAGAACACCUGGGUGGAAAAACUGCAUUAAAAAAAAUAAUAACUUUCCUCAGCACCACUAACUCUACUUUAGUAUAAGAUAGCCUUCCCAUAAUUCACCUUGUCACUCCACUGUCACUAUUUUCUAUCUUAGAUGGACAUCCCUACCUCAGAGUAAGACCUAAGCAACCUUAACUGGGUCCUGCCAAAAGCCCAGGACACACCCUGAACGUCUUUAAACUAUUACUCUUUCUUUAACCACUGAGUCCAACUAUCCACAUCCCAGACCCCUCCAAUCUUGAGACCAAAGGUAUUUAUGUGGUUGCAAGAAUUGGUCCAGUAAUCACAAUGGAGGAAACUGAGGCCAUAGGAAGAUGUGCGAUUGAACAGGUUAACCAAAAAGAAAAGACAUUUAUUAGGAAGUGAUGGAUCUACAGGGAAAGAAUAGCAGCUUCUCAUGCUCAUUCAUUUGCCUACUUAUUAGAAAUUGUAUCACUCCAUAGUAGACUGCAUAACCCCAGGAUGCCAGGCUAACAGGAAAAGUUUCUCUCAUCUCUAGCCUUAAUCCUUAAAUUUAAAAUUUAAAUUUAAAUUCUUAAAUUCCCCCACUAGACAUCCCAGGGUAAGUAACCCAAUGAACUCCCAAGAAAAUGGAAAAUUGCCUCUGAGGAUAGCCUCCUUCUGGCCUGUCAUCUUCCUAAUCCCUCCCCACUCACACAUUGAACAGACAGAAAGAGACACUCAGACACCCAUCUCUGUGACACAUACCACUCACACUGAUACACAGGGACACACCCACACGUAAGCACCCUCAUGCCCAGCUGCCUGUGGGCACAGUGCUAUAUAUCCAGAAGGGUAUCUAGAAAACCGACACAAUCCACAUAUACAUUCCUGAUGAUAUAAUCACAUGCAUCUAACCACAUAACAAGAGGUAGCAAUCUCUCUUGUUCGAAAUGAGCUCUUAGUGCUCCCUGGUUUUGUUUGUUUUUUUGUUUGGGGGGAAUUUUCCCCUAGAAGAAGGCUGAAAGUGCUGAAGUGACAGAGGACAUCACUGGGCGUUCUUUCCCUUCUAUUUCCCUGAAUCCUUAGUAUGCCUUUGUAUUUUCCUUGUCCAAACCCAUCUUCUCUCGGAGGAAAGUCCCAAAUUCUUUUCCCUGACACCUCCCUUCAGGAGAAUUACCAUUUUCCAGCCCCCAUCCUUUUCCUGACUUAAUUGAAGAUCCCAGGUCAAUACUGGCCCAAGCAGGAAGCCCUAGGUAUAGCACUAGACUUCCUGAAGAUGCUGCCACUUACUCCCACCCCAUCCUGACUCCACCCUAUAGUCCUACCCUGGGGCCAUGAAGUUUCUUGUUAGUUCUUAGCUCUUAUCUCGGAGGCUCAGGCACCAACACUGCCAGCUCUGUUCCUGGCCCACCCUGUCUGCUCAGAGAUCAGUCCAGAAUCAUGGGGAACUGUCUGCAUCGGGCAGGAUCCAAGCUUCAGAUCUCUGAAAACUUGACCAUCAAUGGUUUGGAAGAAGAGUGGGAUGCUCUAUGGAAUGACACUUACAACUAUACUGAUGCUGACCUGGACUUGGCUGCUCCUUGUCGUUCUUGUCUCCUGUUAGACAGCUCCUCACUGCCCUUUUUUGCCCUUACUAGUGCCUUAGGCAUCCUAGCUGGUGGGGCAUUGCUCUUUGUCCUCCUCAAACCCCUUGUCUGCCAGCACUUAUGCCCAGGCCGGGCCAUCCUGGCCCAAGUGGCUGGGGGCAGUACCCUCUUCAGUAUUGUUUUGCCCAUCUUGGCCCCAGGGUUGAAUCCCACCCCAGACAUCAUCCUCUGUAGUGUGGGGCAUGGACUCUGGUAUGCCUCUGCUUUUGCCCAGGCUCUGCUGCUGUGUGUGCACAUCUGGCUGGGUCCCAAACUGCCCCAAAGAUGGCUCCUCAAGCUCUCACUGACUCUGUGGGGUCUUGCUCUGCUGAUGGCCUUGCCUGUUGCCCUGGCCAGUGAUGUUACCACUGGAGUUUGCACCCUGUCCUUCAGCCCAGAUGUGUGGGUUUGGUGUGUGAUCCAUAUUGUGGUCUGCAUUGCUAUUUUCUUCAUUCUUCCCCUGAGCCUGGUUGGAGCAUGGGUAGUACAGAGGAUAAGAGGUGGAAGGUCAGGGCCAUGGGCUAAAGUCCUGUGGGUCUGGUUCCUGUUCUGGUGGCUUCAUGCAGUGGUGAUGGGGUCCGAUAUCCUGGUAAGGUCAGAUGCCUUAGUGAUAAAAACGUGCUUUGUCCAGCAGACGCUAGAUUUCUUGUUAGAUUCUGCAAAGAUCUUGGGGAUAUUGCACUGCCUAGUUACUCCACUGCUGCUGGCACUGUUUUGCCACUAUGUCACCUGGCCCCCCACAGUCAACCCACUCUAGAGCUUCCUUUCCCCGACCUCUCACCUCUCCCAAGCUUAUCCUGGCAUCUGGGCAUCCUGGGAGGCAAGCUUCAGUUCUCCCUGCUGCCAACUGACAUUAAAGUUUAUGUUGCUAUGAA